UCCUCCUGUUAGGGUUACACAAACAUCCUCUUCUCUUGCCUUUCUCUGUGUUUUCUCUUUCCUUUGUCCACUGAAAGAAAUAAAAAUAAUUGAAUCUGGGAUUUGCCAUCUAUUCUUAUUUUUAUUUGAUGGCUCUCUUGGAUUUUAAGAUUUGGGAAUUUUCUUGAAAUUUCCUUGUCAUUUUCCACCAUUUCUUCAUCUUAUUUUAGUGGGUUGGCUCUAAUUUCUUAAAGUUUGAAUCUUUUGCCUUAGGGUUAUUCAGUCUUGAAGGGUUGAUCUCUUUUUGAUAAUAUCUUUUCAGUUCCAAUUCCUAUUGAAGGUGCGGAUUUUUGGGGGUUUGAUCCGAAUUUCGUGUUUGUUAUUUCAUUUCUCCAAUUUCUACUCUCAACAAUUUGUGGGUUGAAUUUCAAAUUGUCAAAAAAGUUAUAAGAUUUUGUUUAUUUGUCUGUUCAUGUGACAAAAAAAAAAAAAUUUUUAUAGAAAAUGCCAGUUACAGAUUAUCAAGGGGCAUCAACAUCUUUCACAAAUUUUGGAAGGUCACUUUUAAGUAUGCGCCGUGAUCAGGUGCAUUCAAUGGAAUCUGCUCAUGAGGCAACUAGCCAAGAGCUAGAACUUGAAUCUUUUCAAAAGCAAGUCGCUGAGCGUUUCAAUGAAUUAGCUUCUGUUGAUUCUGAUCAACUGCUUUCGAUCCCGUGGAUUCGAAAACUCUUGGAUGUAUUCCUCUGUUGCCAGGAACAAUUCAGGUCCAUUGUGUUUAAUAACACUGCUUACUUGAAUAAAGCUCCAAUGGACCGUUACAUUACUGAUUAUUUCGAUAGGAGUGUGAAGGGUUUGGAUGUAUGUAACGCGAUAAGGGACGGAAUUGAGCAGAUCAGGCAAUGGCAGAAGCAUAUGGAGAUUGUUUUGUGUGCAUUGGAGAAUCAGAGGAGUGUUGGUGAAGGUCAAUUUCGUCGCGCCAAAAAGGCGUUGGUCGAUUUGACUAUUGGUAUGCUAGACGAAAAGGAUUCUAAUCAAACUGUUAACCAUAGAAACAGAUCAUUCGGGCGAAACAAUACUCAGAAUGAUCAUAAGUCUAUGGGGCAUUUUAGGUCUUUAUCGUGGAGUGUAUCGAGGAAUUGGUCUGCUGCUAAGCAGCUCCAAGCAAUUGGUAAUAAUUUAGUUGCUCCGAGGAGUAAUGAAAUUGUUGCUAGUAAUGGAUUAUCUUUGGCUGUUUUUACAAUGAGUUAUGUGUUGUAUUUUGUAAUGUGGGCACUUGUGGCUGCAAUUCCUUGCCAAGACCGCGGCUUGCAAACACAUUUUUAUGUGACUAGGCAAUUCGUUUGGGCUGUUCCAAUUUUGUCUCUCCACGAGAGGAUUUUGGAGGAAUCGAAGAAGAGGGAUCGUAGAAAUGCUUGUGGAUUAUUGAAGGAGAUUCAGGAGAUUGAGAAAUGCGCGCACCAAAUGAACGAAUUGAUCGAUAAUGUUAACUUCCCAAUCACAGAGGAAAAAGAUGGAGAAGUAAAGGAAAGAGUUCAUGAACUUGGGCUUGUCUAUGAUGGUUUAAAGAGUGGAUUGGAUCCAUUGGAGCGCCAGGUUAGAGAAGUGUUUCAUAGGAUCGUUCGGAGCAGGACUGAAGGCCUUGACUCUAUUGCAAGAUGAAAUUGUGUAGCAGAAUUGGUUGAUGGUUGUCUUUUCAGAAGCAUAUAUUAUUAGAACAUGAGCAUAAUAUGAUAUAGAUUUUCCCCUUUUUUUCUUUUCUUUGGUUGACCCUUUUUUAGAUGAGAAGAGGAGGGAGAAUGGUUAAUGGUGCAAUGUACCAGAAAAAUAAGUAGUUUAAAGGUAAAAAUCAUGUAUUUUCACUUCAUAUUAUGUAAAGAAAUUAGGAAAAGAAAAGGUGGAUCUUUGGUCCAUUUUGGUGAUGUUCAUCUUGUUUGGGAUUGUAUAAUCACAUUUCUCAGUAAGUUUGUUCAGUUUUUCUUGUU